AAACAAAAAUAAGCAGGAGUAGUAGCGUAGUACAUAAUUCGCAAUUUCGCAUUGUGUGAAUGUUAUGGUCCCUCAUCCCCCGCGCGCUCUCUCUCUCCCGACCACAUCACUUGUCGCCGGCAACGAAGAAAUUUUCACCACGACGCAAAACGCAAGGAAUCCGACGUUCUCCCUGCCCAUCUUUAAGUUCUGCUUAUGCUUUUUGUAUCAAGUAAAUGACUAAAAAAGCUCUGAAUGGAGAAGAUUGAUAUGUGGCAUAUUUUAUGUAGUUAGUUGAUUCAGGAAAAGUGAAGACAAACAUGUUAGCAGCAAGGACAUCAUUAUGCAAAGUGAAGUAUCUUCACCAAGCAGAAUCUGUAAGAAGAAUUUUGACUUCCCCAAGGCUUCUUUUGUCACAUUCUUCAUAUUCUAAUGCUCCUGGAAAGGCUACACCUCUGCAGGAGAGGAGAAUGAUUGACCGGUUUAGGUUGCAUGUUAAGGGAGGUGAAGGUGGAAGUGGAAAUGGCAGCUUGCAUCGUAGUCGUACUGAUCGCUAUGGCAAGCCUGAUGGUGGAAAUGGUGGAAGAGGUGGUGAUGUGAUUCUGCAGUGCACCUCUGCAGUAUGGGAUUUCCGUGGUCUGCAGCAUCACAUUAAUGGAGGAAGGGGAGGGCAUGGAGCCUCAAAAAAUAAGAUCGGUAGCCGUGGAGAAGAUAAGGUUUUGCAAGUACCUGUUGGUACUGUUAUCCAUCUAGUGGAGGGUGAAAUCUCUUCAACAGUGGAAAAACUGUCUUCUGGGACUCAUCCUUGGGAUGUUCCAGGUACUGUGACUUCUGAUCUCCUCUCACCUGAAUCAGAGAUGGAUCUGGUGGAGAAUGGUGCACAUCUCUUAUCUUCUUCUACUAAUAAUACUGCUGAGAGUUCAGCUUAUAUCAGGCCUGACUCUACUGUAUCUUCCAUUAAAACUUGUUCUCCACAUGGUAAACGAACAUAUAGUGGGAAAGCAUUUUUAUCCCAGUAUGAUGAUACAAAUGAUUGCGAAAGCUUAUUGGCCGACGAUAGUGAUCUGGAAACUGAUAGUAGUAUGCCGGAAGAGUUUCUAGAAGAUAUACAAUAUAACAUUGCUGAAUUGACUGAAGAGGGGCAGCAAUUAGUUGUUGCUCAUGGGGGAGAAGGUGGUUUGGGCAGUGUGUCAUCUGGGAGACGAAGUGUAAAGAACGUCAAAAAUAUAAAUCAUGGUUUUGAGAGGAAUGAUAGCCUGGAAAGGUCUGAUGAUGAUAACCCACCUAACAUAAGAAUUGGUUUGCCUGGAUCACAGGCUAGUCUGAUAUUGGAGCUCAAGAGUAUUGCUGAUGUGGGCCUUGUGGGAAUGCCAAAUGCUGGCAAAAGCACUCUUCUGGGUGCUAUGUCUAGGGCUAAACCUGCUGUAGGUCAUUAUGCAUUUACUACCUUGAGACCAAAUAUAGGAAAGUUAAAGUACGAUGAACUUUCAAUAUCAGUGGCUGAUAUCCCAGGACUCAUUAAAGGUGCUCAUGAGAAUCGUGGUCUUGGACAUGCUUUCUUGCGACACAUAGAAAGGACAAAAAUCCUAGCAUAUGUGGUAGAUCUGGCUGCUGCGCUUGAUGGCCGCAACGGGAUUCCACCAUGGGAGCAACUCAGAGAUUUGGUUUUAGAGUUGGAGCAUUAUCAAGAAGGUUUAUCGGACCGCCCUUCUUUAGUAGUUGCAAAUAAAAUUGAUGAGGCAGGGGCUGAAUGUGUAUUGGAAGAGCUACAGAGAAGGGUUUGUGGUAUCCCUAUCUACCCAGUUUGUGCAGUUUUGGAGGAGGGGAUACCGGAUCUAAAAACUGCUUUGAAAUUGCUUGUCAGUGGUGGAGAGCCUGCUAGACUGAGACUAGAUAAUAUAUCGGUAGAUUAGCUAUCCCUUUAUCGAGUCAUUUAAGGCGUGGAGGGAAGAAAGGAAAAGAUUGAGAAUACUAUGGAGUCAUUUAAGGUGUGGAGAAAGAAAAGAAAAGAUCGAGAAUACGAUGAUUGGAGUCUUCAUAUAAUCCAGUAAUGUUUUCUAGAUCAAGUUAGAUAUAGUGAAAAAUGAUGAUUGGCUGUUCUUUUCUAAGAACUAGUGAGCUUUUUUCAAAUGAAUGUCAACACAUCAAGCAAUGCAUUACUUUAUUAUCCUUUUUUAGAAUUGUUGAAUAUAGAAAACAAAAACAUUGUGUUGGCUCAUGAUUGAAGCCAAUUGCCAUUAUGUGAUUUCACUAAUAGGGAGUCGUUUAGAACAAGUCAUUCUUUCUAUAUAUGAUGCUUAAUUCUACAUAAUAAUCAAUGUCAACUUGCAAAAAUGCCAAAGAAGCAUGAUUCAUGAUGUUUUAUUGCAAAUUUGGUGGAAUUAUUCAACUUUGACUUUGAUUAGCUUUUGAAACGAACAUCAUUCAGUAUUUUUUUUUUCAAGUUUUGUCUAUCUAAUUUUGUAGGAUAAGCUUAUAUAAAAUUUAGUGACAGAGAUAGAUUUAGAGAUAUCUGGUUGUAUACUCUAUGCUAAAGAAGUUGUAGUCUGAGUCAAUGGUUCAGUUUCAUCCUCCUAUAUGGGCUUCAUGACUGAAAUCAUCUAAUUUAGACAUCUUAGUGAAAAAGAAGAGGAAAAAAGGGGAAUAAAUUUGGAUGGAUUUUACGAAAUCAGAAGCUUAUGAAUGUAUGAAGUAUGAUCAUAUGCUUUACACAAGAAGAAUGGGAAAAAAAAGAUGGUGAAUGCCCUGAAUGGCUCCCCCCACCCCCAAAAUUGUAUACAUGUAGAAGCACCCUUUAAAUUGUAUAUAGUGCUUCAUAUGAGUAUGGUCCUUUUUUGAAAUAACUAUAAUUGAAUUUAUACUAAAAAUGAACAUGUUUUAUACUUCAUCUGUUUCAUAAUACUUGCAACGUUUCCCAAUUUAGGAAGCUCUCUAUUAAUAACAUUGUCAUUUUCGGCAAUAUAUUCUCUCUUUAUGUCUCCUAGCACAUAGAUGUUCUUUUUUAUCUCUCUCCUCUCCUUGGUCUUUGAGUACAUCUCAACGUUGCGACUUGCGAGUAUAAGAAAACGGAGGAAGUAUUCAUCUAGAAUUAUCCUUGUGAUCAGUUUAAGUAAAGUGCAAAUUCUUUUGGAGGAACCAUGUGCAUGGUGCUUCCAAAAGCAUUGUGUGACGAUUUCCCCAUCCCCACUUUCUCACUUUUGAUCUGAUGGAAAAGAAAAGUCGAAUUAGAACUGUGGUUAAAAAUCAUUGAGUUGCAAGUUGCAGAACUAAAGACGUAUUCUUGUUUUAGAUAAGGAAUAUAAUGUUUGAUAGUGAGUAAAAGAUUCAGUUAUAAUAAGUGGUUCUCAUUGAUUUUAUCUCACAAGAAGUAACAUAUAAUACGAAAGUUAAAGUCUUUUAUGUAACUUUCAGCCGGCGAUGCUUAUCCUCCACCACUCUUUUUAUACUUGUAUUACAGACCUUUGCUUUCAUUGCUUGUUGCUGACUUGUUUGUGGGGUACUGUUUUGAGUUGACAUGGUGAAUAGCCAAGAUAUCAAACGUGUAUGUAUGAGAUGCUUACUAAGUGCCUAGAAAUGUUCUAUAUAAAGGGGUCAUUGUUCAUAAUACUGGAUCAUCUCAACUACAUUAAAAAUCAACCUCUUCUUCAAUAUCCUUUCUUCCCAAGCGUUAUUUGCAUUCUCUGAAAAAGAAGAUGGCCCCAAGGACCUGUGGAUGUGGCGACAACUGCAACUGCGGUGACGACUGCAACUGCAACAGGAUGUACGCAAAGGCUGAGUGCGGCUGUGGAGAUGACUGCAGCUGCGACCCAUGCACCUGUGAUUAAAGACGAGCAUCCGUCUCUUAUGUAUUAUGAACGAUAUGUGUGGUUUCUUUUCUGUCAGCUAUGAGAGAGAAGAACAAAAAAGUGUCGUGUGAACUGAAUAAAUGGCCAUAGCAUCUGGAGAUCUGGUGUAUAUCUAGAUCUGUUGGUGUUUCAUGGUUUAUUUGAUUGUCUAUGUAUUUUACUUCCACUGAUUUCUGUAUUUGAAAAAUGAGCUAGAAAAAGAAAACAUUCAGGUGCAAUUA